AUGUCUGCUGCGAUUAACCGCGGACUGCGUCAGGCAACGAGACACCUUCAACGUUCGUGCCCAGCCUCGGCUUUGCGCCCACUUGGAGCGGCCGCGGCUUUCAAGAACACCACUGCUGCCCCCCUCUCUGUUGCUGCCACACACGCGCGUACCAGCAACUUUUCCACCAUGGCCGCUCUCCAGUCCGCCAGCGCCGCGACGCCCUCGCCCUCCACCGGCAAGGGCUACGAUCCUGAGAUUCUAGAUAUCGCGAGCUAUGUGCACAACCAGAAAAUCGACUCGGAUCUUGCAUUCGACACGGCGCGAUGGGUGUUUCUCGACACCAUUGGCUGCGGCCUCGAGGCCCUGCGGUUCAAGGAGUGCACCAAGCUCCUGGGACCCAUCGUCCCCGGUACUACGGUCCCCUCAGGCACCAAGGUGCCCGGCACCGACUUCCAACUCGACCCGGUCAACGGAGCGUUCAACAUCGGCACCAUGAUCCGGUGGCUCGACUACAACGACUGCUGGCUGGCCGCUGAAUGGGGCCACCCCAGCGACAACCUGGGCGCCAUCCUCGCUGUCGCCGACUGGGCCACGCGGACGAACAAGGCCGGCGGCCCGCACAAGGUCGCCAACGGCAAACUCUUCACCAUCCGUGACGUGCUCGAGGGCAUGAUCAAGGCCCACGAAAUCCAGGGCUGCCUCGCCCUGCUCAACUCCUAUAACAAGGUUGGCCUGGACCACGUCGUCCUCGUCAAGGUUGCCAGCACUGCCGUCGUCAGCAAGAUGCUGGGUCUUUCCGAGAAGCAGACCGCCGACGCCAUCACCCAAGCCUGGGUUGACGGCCAGAGCCUGCGGACCUACCGCCACACCCCCAACACCAUGUCCCGCAAGUCGUGGGCCGCCGGCGACGCUUGCCAGCGCGCUGUGAACCUGGCCCUCAAGGUGCUCAAGGGCGAGUCGGGCAUCCCCACUGUGCUGUCCGCUCCCACUUGGGGCUUCUACGACGUCCUGUUCAAGGGCAAGAAGUUCGAGUUCCAGCGCGGCUACGGCAGCUACGUCAUGGAGAACGUGCUCUUCAAGGUCUCGUAUCCUGCCGAAUUCCACUCUCAAACCGCCGUCGAGGCGUCGGAAAAGAUCUACCACCAGCUCAAGGAGAUGGGCAAAUCGGCCGCCGACAUCAAGGCCGUCACUUGCCGCACGCACGAGGCCUGCGUCCGCAUCAUCGACAAGCAGUUCAAGCCCAUGGACAACUUUGCCGACCGCGACCACUGCAUCCAGUACAUGUGCUCCGUCAUGCUCACCUUCGGCCGCCUGACCGCCGGCGACUACCCCGACGGCUCCGAGGCCGCGACCUCCGAGCUGGUCGAAUCGCUCCGCAAGAAGAUCAAGUGCGUCGAGGACCCGCAGUUCACCGCCGACUACCACGACCCGGCGCUGCGCACCAUCAGCAACGGCCUGACCGUCGAGCUCAACGACGGCACUGUUCUCCCCGAGGUUGUCAUCGAGGCGCCCCUCGGCCACCGCCUGCGCCGCGAGGAGGCCAAGCCCCACAUUCUCGCCAAGUUCAAGCGUCACCUCGAGCCGCACUACUCGGCCGACAAGGUCCAGAAGCUUGUCGAACUCGGCCAGGACCCGGCCAAGCUCGAGGCGCUGAGCGUUGAUGAGUAUGUCGACCUGUACGUUUCGAAGGACAGCAAGUUCCUCAAGCAAUAA